UUUAUUCAUAAGCAUUAACGAAACAUAGUCGUAUUUACGACGAGAUGUGGUCAGCCUCGUUUAAAUCAUAAGAAGGCGACCAAAUGAUUCGGGCAAAGGUGGUCUCGAGACUCUCAUGGCUUACAAACCGUUUAGCGCCUCGGUUGCUAUUCAUAGUUUGAAUUACGGCUCCUUUAAUAGCCCCCUAGAUCUGUUCACCCUCUGUUCUGCUCCAUAUAGUACCCAGGCUAUCAUUAGGUAUGCUCAGCGUGACUUGCAGUAUGUGAUCAAUCAUGGCUGGAACAACUUGAAGUUAUUAGUCCCGUGGUAGGAACACAAGUUAUAGAACUUUAUAGGACUGCGCGAUUUACCCAAUAAAGCUUUACCUGAGAAGCUUUGAAGAACAUGUUCUACCUUGCAAUAAUAAUUUGUGCUAGCACUUGAACGUUGGAAGUAGUUGUAGUAGCCAAUUGUGAAAUACC